AUGCUGCUGAGUCUUCGAUCAAAGAGCCGUAAAGACAAUGGAGUGCUCGUUGAGUAUCUAAUCUCAAUCAAGGAGCUAAAGCCAUGGCCAACGAACCAAGUCCCUGCACAAUGCGUCCUACUCAAAUGGCAAAACGGAGAAAACAACUCAGGCUCAUUCAUCGCGGUGGUGGGCAAAGACACGAUUAUGUUCAACGAGUCAUUCAGGUUAACCCUAACCCUAGAUCCCAAAGGUGGGGCCGAAAACAAGUUUCAGAAGAAUCUUCUUGAGUUUCAUGUUUAUGACGCCAAGAAGAAAGACAAGGGCGUCAAGAACAAGCUUCUUGGCUCGGCCGUGGUCAACCUCGCUGAGUACGGAGUGUUGACCAAUUAUGUACCCGUUGGAGCUCCGUUUACUUUCAAGAAGAGCUCGAGGAACGAUGCCAACUCUGAGAUUUACCUAACCAUUGAGCCGGCGGGAGAGGAUGACGAUGAAGGUUAUAGGAGUAGCUGUUCUUCGUCGCAGCCAAAAAUGAAAGGAUCUGUGGAUAAAGAAGGUAGUGAGUUUAGUUUGGCCUCGUUGACGGACGACGAUGAUGAUGCUUCGUCGCAGUGUUCGUCUUCACGGAGGGUUUCUAUCUCAGCUAUGUCUGAUGCUAAUCCCCCGAACACAGAGGCAGAGAUAAGCGGAGAUGAGAAGAAAAGUUGGAAACAUGUAACGCUUAAGCACAGUCCCAACGAGGCAGCACUCGUGUCCGAGAUCGAGAAUCUACUGAGAGAAGAAGAGAGAAAGAGACAGAGCAAUGAAUUAGUGGUUGUGAGCUCAGAGACUGAUCAAAAACACAAUAAUGGUACAAAUGCCUUUAAGCUCAAGAAACAACUCUCUGAUAUCAGAUCUGCUUCUUCUCUUUUACCUCCAGAUGCAGCUAGAAAACAGAUGAAACUUCGGACAAAUACUCUUACAUUAGGAAGAAAGACUCUAGGAAUGGAAGGUGUUCCAAGACUUAAACAACUCAAAUCCAUUCAGAUGCUUUUCGAUGGAAGCGGAAAUAAUACAAACAAUGAUGAUAAUCGGAAAAAAAUUGGUGGAGUAAUCAACAAGUUAGGUCUAACAACUCCACAGGAGUCUAAAACAGAGACGCUUGAAGAUGAGCUGAAGGAAGCAGCUGCUCUUGAAGCAGCUGUUUACUCUGUGGCCGCUGAGCAUUGUAGCUCUAUGAGCAAGGUUCAUGCUCCAGCUCGUCGUCUUGCUAGGUUUUAUCUUCAUGCUUGUAAAGGAAAUGGUUCAGAUCAUUCUAAGCGAGCUAGUGCAGCUAGAGCUGCGGUUUCUGGAUUGAUAAUAGUUUCUAAAGCAUGUGGAAAUGAUGUUCCAAGGUUAACCUUUUGGCUAUCAAAUUCGACUGUUCUAAGAGCAAUUUUAAGCCAUGGUAUUCUGAACCUGGUUUCCAUUAAACCCGGUUCAGAUGAAUGGGAAGAUCCUCAAGCAUUUCUUGCGGCUUUGGAGAAGUUCGAGUAUUGGAUAUUCUCUCGAAUUGUUAAAUCAGUAUGGUGGCAGAGUAUGACGCCGUAUAUGCAAUCAGCAGCGGUUAAAGGAUCGAUCUCAAGGAAAGUUUCAGGGAAAAGACGGUUAGGUCAUAAAAACCAGGGACUAUAUGCUAUAGAUCUAUGGAAGAAUGCUUUUAAAGCUGCUUGUGAAAGACUUUGCCCACUAAGAGGUUCAAGAAAAGAGUGUGGCUGUCUACCUAUGCUUGCUAAACUGGUUAUGGAGCAAUUAAUUAGUAGACUUGAUGUAGCAAUGUUCAACGCGAUACUUCGUGAGUCAGCAGGUGAAAUGCCCACAGAUCCUGUCUCUGAUCCGAUCAGUGACAUUAAUGUUCUUCCAAUUCCAGCAGGAAAAGCUAGUUUUGGGGCAGGUGCUCAGCUAAAAAAUGCGAUUGGAACUUGGUCUAGAUGGCUUGAGGAUCAAUUCGAGCAGGAAGAGAAAUCUGAUAGCUAUAACAAGAAGUCUGAAAAUUUCAGAUUGUUCCAUCUACUCAACUCGUUAGGCGAUCUAAUGAUGCUUCCAUUCAAAAUGCUAGCAGACAAAUCCACAAGAAGAGAGGUUUGUCCAACAAUUGGUCCACCAAUAAUAAAGAGAUUUCUUCGAAACUUCGUUCCAGAUGAGUUUAACCCGCACAGAAUCCCUAAAAGGCUAUUUGAUGUCUUAAAUUCCGAGGGGUUAACAGAGGAAGAUAAUGGAUGCAUCAUAGUCUUCCCUUGCGCUGCAUCACCUACAGUCUACUUAAUGCCGUCUACAGAAUCAAUAAGACGCUUCAUAGGAGAGUUGAACAAUCCUUCUUUAUCUGAAACCGGAUCAUCGGUAUAUAUGAAACAAUACACAAGUGAUGAUGAGUUGGAUGACUUGGAUGCAUCCAUUAAGUCUAUAAUCUCUGCUCCUGAAACAACCAGUACAUCAGAGUGGAUGCCGAAAGGAUAUGGACGCAGCAAGACUGUAAGAUAUCAGCUCCUUAGAGAAAUAUGGAAAGAAGAUGAACUACAGUGA